UAGAUUAUUUGUUCUCCCGUCUCCUCCGCAUUUCUGCUCCUCCAGAUCACCUGCUUCGACUGAAACCCUAAACAAAUACAAAUAAAAAUAAUAAUAAUAAUAUUGAAAUUUACAGAGAUGAAAGCUACAAAUAUGGUUUCCGUUCAGAGACAUCUGGCUCAUUAGGAUUCUAGGGUUUGUAUGAUUUGUUGGGCUUUCUCUCUUCGUCUGGUGAGUUUCCGUCGAUCCUCCGGAUAUGACAGAAGAAACGGAGUCGAUAAAAGAGGUAUACUCGGUGUGGGGGAUUCCGCCGGAGGAGGUGGGGGCGAGGGUGAAGAAGGUGAUGGAGGGCCUGAGAUCGGAGUUCGGGGGCCCAGCCUUCGAGCCCCACGUGACAGUGGUCGGGGCCAUCAGUCUGACGGAGGCCGAUGCGCUUCACAAGUUCAGGUCGGCUUGUGAUGGCCUCAAAGCUUACGAUGCCAGCGUGGAUAGCGUCGCUACAGGAACCUUCUUCUACCAAUGCGUAUACCUGCUUUUGCAUCCUAUGCCUGAGGUGGUGGAAGCUAGUGCACACUGCACUGGUCAUUUUGGUUUCCGAAGCUCAACUCCUUAUAUGCCACAUUUGAGCCUGCUUUAUGGGGAUCUAUCAGAGGAAGAUAAGAAGAAAGCUCAGGAGAAGGCUAAAGUUCUUGAUGAGAGCAUCGGCAGCCUGAACUUUACAAUAACUCGCCUUGCAUUGUACAAAACCGACACUGAAGAUAAAACUCUGACAUCCUGGGAGAAAGUUUCUGAAUGCGACCUCAUUCCCAAGUAGAUCUACCAUGUUUCUUGUAUGUGAUAAGUAAUAAGCUUUCUCUGUACUCUUUUGCCCUGCCACAGGCAACUCAGUAAGUCCUCUGUCGUUGGUACUGUAACCAGUGGGGGCUGUUGUGAUAGAUAGCUGUCCCCAUUCUUCUAUGUUAACAUAAAGCUUCCAUUUUGAAUUUGCAUGGCAGUCAGCCAAGAAAUGCAAAACCAAUGAACUUGUACAGCACUAGAAUUGGAUAAGCUAACAUAUAAAUAAAGGUAUCAUAUGACAGUCUUGAGUGAUUUGUAA